GGGAAAAUAAGCAUAAGAGAAUCAGGACGACGCAAACGCGGACCGAAACAUCGACCGGCCGGCAAACCACGGAACCGAGCCAGCGCUUCGCAAACGAUGAUGACCACGGCGGCGGUGCCGGCGGGCGUCGUCCCGCUCUUGCUUCUCUGCAUGCUCGCCGCGGCCGACGGCCGGCCUGCUGUUCCGAAACACAGGAGGGACGUCGUUGUGCCGUUGAGAAGGGAGAUUCUGGAUGGAAGCAAGAACUCCAGCGGUGGAUGGACGGUGGUGAGCAAGGGCUUCACGUUCGCCGCCGACAGCGUCCCGUUCAAGAGCUGUCAUGCUUCGACCAUCGUGGAGAUUGAGAAGGAUCACUUCCUGGUGGCCUACUUCGCCGGAUCAAAGGAAGGUGCUCCCGAUGUAAAAAUCUGGUCUCAAAGAUUCAAGGACGGGAGCUGGCAACCACCGCAGGUCGUGGACCAAGAGCAGAACGUGCCGAUGUGGAACCCUGUUCUGUUCAAACCGCCAAACAGCUCCCAGUUGCUUCUAUUCUACAAGAUCGGCCCCGACGUGCGCAGCUGGACCGGGGCGAUGAAGCGGUCGGUGGACGGCGGCGCGACGUGGCUCCCGCGCGAGCUGCUGCCUCCGGGGAUCCUCGGCCCUACCAAGAACAAGCCACUCCUGUUGAGCGACGGGCGGAUGAUGUGUGGCUCCUCGGUCGAGAGCUGGAACUCGUGGGGGUCAUGGAUAGACGUGACCGAGGACUACGGGCGGUCAUGGAGGCGGCACGGGCCGAUCUACGUGAAGGACGUGGCGCAGGGCGUGAUCCAGCCGUUCCCCUACGCGACCAGAACCAACGCCACCCUGCGCGUGCUCAUGCGCUCCUUCACCAGCCUCGGAAAAGUCUACAUGGCCGAGUCCAAGGACGACGGGCUCACCUGGAGCCACGCCGCGCCCACCGCCCUGCCCAACCCCAACUCAGGUAUCGAUGGGACUAGGACGCGCGACGGCAAGCUCGUGCUGGCGUACAACACCCGCUCCAGGGAGCAGCUCAAGGUGGCCGUCUCCGACGACGACGGCGACUCGUGGAGAGAGGUCGUGACGCUGGAGGACGCCGCGUCCAUGGAGUUCUCCUACCCGGCCGUCAUCACCAGCAGCGACGGUCUCAUCCACGUCACGUACACUUACAACCGGACGCAGAUCAAGCAUGUGGUGAUUCAGCCCGGGAGAUAGUUCACCUGAUAGUCUGAUACUACUGGACUAGUUUAGCUUCAACCCUGGAUGAAUAUGAGAUGAGCUACUUGUACUGGUAGGUUGCGAGAGCAGCUUCCAAACUGCCAUUUUUUGCAUGCAUAUACUGUUAUUCUUUGCGUGCACC